ACCUUGUUCACUUCCUUUGAAUUCUCCACAUAUUCUCAACCACAACACACCACAUUUCACUCUCUACAACACAAACUCUUGAGACAUAUGGCAUCCACUAUUGUUAGGCCAACACCAUUCCUCGGCCAGACCAGGGUCUCCACAGCCAAUCCUCUCAGAGAUGUUGUUUCCAUGGGCAAUGCUAAAUUCACUAUGGGUAAUGAACUUUGGUAUGGACCAGACCGGCUCAAGUACUUGGGACCUUUCUCUGCUCAGACCCCAUCAUACCUCACUGGAGAGUUCCCCGGAGAUUAUGGCUGGGACACCGCCGGUCUCUCUGCUGACCCUGAAGCAUUCGCCAGGAACCGAGCCCUGGAGGUAAUCCAUGGGAGGUGGGCAAUGCUGGGUGCUCUGGGUUGCAUCACCCCUGAGGUCCUGCAGAAAUGGGUCAGAGUGGACUUCAAAGAACCAGUCUGGUUCAAGGCUGGGGCUCAGAUCUUCAGUGAAGGUGGGCUGGACUACCUGGGCAACCCAAACCUGGUCCACGCUCAGAGCAUCCUGGCAGUCCUUGGUUUCCAAGUCAUCCUGAUGGGCCUCGUUGAAGGAUACCGCAUCAACGGUCUCCCUGGAGUGGGAGAAGGCAAUGACCUCUACCCUGGCGGCCAAUACUUCGACCCUCUAGGUCUGGCUGAUGACCCUGUCACCUUUGCUGAGCUCAAGGUUAAGGAGAUCAAGAAUGGCCGCCUUGCCAUGUUCUCCAUGUUUGGCUUCUUUGUCCAGGCCAUUGUCACAGGCAAGGGCCCACUUGAGAACCUCUUGGAUCAUCUUGACAACCCUGUCGCAAACAAUGCCUGGGUCUAUGCUACCAAGUUUGUGCCUGGCUCUUAAAUUAGAUACUGCUUGCUCUUCCUACUACUACUGCAUCUCCCUUUUAGUCUCAGAGACUAGGAUCUGAAAGAGUACUAUCUCUUCUUGUAUCUUGUAUGUAUCAUCAAACCAAUUAAUCAUUUCAUUGCAUUGUAUUAUCAAAUAUCAAUGUUCAAAAUCUUGUCUUCUAA